AUGCCCGUCAAUCAACCCCCCCUGAGAACAUCCCUUCCUACGACACACGCCGCUGCUUCAGAUUCCUCCCGUCGCCAACAGAAGAAACCCCAGGACCAGUCCAACUCAGGAGUCGACCCCCGUCAUAUGGCCAUAGCCCUGCACCACGCCCACCGCAUCCAAGCCCAGAAAGAUACCGAAUCUCUCAUCCUCGACCGCAUCCUAGACCUCGUUGCCUUCCCCCAUUCGCCAACCGCAGACCCGUCGUCGCCAUCUCCCGAAGACGCGCGCUUGUUCAAGAACGCGUUGUUUCCGUUUCAGCCUACAGAUUAUGAUAAUUUGAUUCAAGAGCGAAAUAUCGAGGGUCUAUGUGGCUACGGUCUAUGUCCCCGGGAACACCGCAGGGAAGAGGGUGGUGGUAUGUUCCGGAUCAGAUACGGCGCCAAAGGGAGCGGUCCGGGCGGGAGAGGACGGGAGAUGAAUAUUGUUCCCAAGGAGAAGUUGGAGAUGUGGUGUUCGGAUGAGUGUGCAGAGAGGGCGAUGUAUAUCCGGGUUCAGUUGGCGCAGGAGCCAGUCUGGGAGCGAAGGGGGGAUGAUACGCGGAAUAAGGAUUUGGUUCUGCUUGAAGAAGGCCGGGAGCAGCAGGGCAGGGGCCUGAAAAGUGGUGGUAAUACUGCUACGGUUGGACAGGUUGCCGGCCAGUUGGAGAAUAUGCAUAUGCAUGGUCCUGAGGCCAGAGAUAUGGCUGCUCAGAUGCAGGAGUUGUCUCUUCGUUCACAGGAACUUGCAUUGGAACGCGGUGAUUCCAGCACUGGCGCCUUCCAACAAGGUGGGCGCGUGGGUGUCCAAAUCAUGGAGAAUGAGAACAUUUCUCAUGCGGUGGCACCUCCGCAGAUGCGUCCAGAGGAUAUCCAGGGUGGUUCCAUCGAAGGAUACUUCCCCAAGCCCCAGAUGUGA